AUGGAUACGCGAUCGGUGGUUCGAAGCCGUCGCAGAAGCGCAAGGUUGACUGGACAGUCUCCUCAGGACGGACGCGUCAAACAGUCCGCCGCAAACAAGAGGCGCGACUCUGAUCAUGGCGUGCCAGCGAAGGCUGAAAACGAUGCGCCUCGUCGAGCACACUCGGAGCAAGCACGGUCAAUCUCGAAGGACGUUUCAUCGAGCGCAAAGGCCCGCUCAGAAACUCCUAAGACCGAUGCGACCAAGGUGUUGACGAAGAGCGAGGACAGCAGCAUCACCUUUCCACUGUCCCCCAAUCUUCAUUCCCCCAAAGAAGACGACCAUCAGAGCGUGCAUAAAGAUAUCGCUUCCACUACAACGUCCUCCGAGCAGUCUGCUGACGGCUCUUCUGUAUCAGUGAAAGCGAACAAGAGCACGAGAUGGUUCAAAACAGAUCGGGCUUCUGCGCAGCUUGCGAACGAUGCUUCAGCAGACAGCACAAAGAGCAUUCAGGUCAGGCAACACAGCGCCUCAGAGAGACGGCAGGAGGCACCGCUUGGAAUGGUUCGACGAAGGAGCAGGAGACUAGCAAGCAUGACCCCCGACGAAGGAGACGUGGAAAGGGCGAAGCUCGAGCUUGAGACCAAGCCUUCUCAGGCUGAGGCCGACAAGAACCAAGCUCUUUCAACCAAAGACUUUGUAACAGACCUUGCAGCAUCUGAUGCAAAGCAGCAAUUGACAUUCAGCACGGAACACGUUUCGACUCGAGUAUCGCCCGACGAAGAUCGUACGGCGACCCUGACUGGCUACCACGGGCUUCCCACUGAUCGCAACAUCCAAGGACUCAGCCAGAGCCACGAAUUCCUCGAAGACACUUCCCCGAUCCCCGAGCUGGUGGCUGAUAUCGAGAAGAUCAUCAAUUCUAGCCCGAUGGCAAGCCAAACCCCAGUAAAUGGCGGCACCGAAGUCGCGGUGACCCCGAUACCAACCGCAGCUUUAAAGAAGCGAGGACUAGCCAGUGUAAUGACCAGAUCCAGAGCACUUCGCAAUUCCCAAUCCUUAGUGGAGAAUCCCAGAAAGAAUGAGAAGCUUUUAGAUUCUGACUCGGAGUCCUCGCAGCUCGACGGCGCCUUUGACGAUAGCAUCCGAGGCCGAAGGCAAAAGCAGGCCAUCGCAGCGCGUCCAAGAGCAAAAAACCUCAAGACUGGCAGGCCACGUGGGACGAAGCGACGUGUCGAGGAACUGUCUCAAAACGAGGAAACCGCUUGUACUCCGCAGCUCAGGCGGAGUCGGCAGCCGGGCAGCGACGAGUCAAACCUUGAGGUCGACCUCAGCUCGGCCAACGCCAUUGAGACGGCCACUUCUCGAGAUGCCUUUUCAGCAGACGCCCCGAGCCUUCAAGCCAGCUCGCUCGAAAUCGGCGACCUUCCGCAGGGAGCCAUCGAGCCUGCGAAUUCAGCCGGGCUUGCUCGGCCAUACAGCACAAACCCGGAGCGAAUGGACAUCGUUCCUGGUUCCACUCCAACUGAUGAUGGCUCCGAGUCUGCAAGUGCUUAUGCUCCAGGCCAGUCACAAAAUAAUGAGGACGUAAACAAAUGCGCCGACUGUGGCAGGGCACCCGCGCGGUACCUCGUCUGCGCCAAGUGUCUCCAAGCCAUCUACUGCGGGAAGUACUGCCAGAUUUGGAACUGGCCUGUUCACAAAGCCCGCUGUCACGAAGCGAACGAGGCGGAUCCAGUCGAGAUAGAGACGCAAGAGAGGUAUUUGGGAGACAUGUGGGCGGCUGCACUGAGGAUGCUGGAGGAGGAGAAGCUCGCUGGUGGCACGCUCGAGAGUUUGCUGCUGGGGGAAGCCGUCGGGCACUCGCCCGCUCAUCCCACGUUCAUGGGACAGGAGACUCCUGAUGUUCAUGUUUCCCAUUCGACCCCGGUCGAUUCGCAGGCCAUGGGAAGGGUGAGGGCGAUGUCGUUGAGAUUGGCACAGGCUUCGCAGGGAAGUUGA